AUGUCUGCAGACGCUCCCUCCGGCCGCCGACGCUCGAUCGACGACCCCGACUCCCUCGUUCCCGCCUCGCUCUCUGCAUCGCAACAACCCGCGCAACAGCCCGCAUCCAAGCCCGCGGCCGCCGCACCUUCGUCAGACGGUCCCAUGGCAGCCGACGACGACCCCGAGGCAGCCGAACUCGCGGCGAUGAAGGCCAGGGUCGCAGAGAUGGAGGCGGAGGCGGCAAAGCUGAGGGAGCUGACGGCGGCGAGUGAGGCGGCUGCCGGCGGCGGGAGCGCUGCGAGUAACGGUGACGGGUCAGACGUCAACAUGUCGGACGAGGACCGGCAGGCGGUGGACGCGCGGAGCAUCUAUGUUGGCAAUGUCGACUACCAUGCUACUCCCGAAGAGAUCCAGCAGCACUUUGCGUCGUGCGGAACGAUCAACCGCGUGACGAUCCUCUUCGACAAGUACACCGGUCCCAAGGGAUAUGCCUAUGUUGAGUUCGCCGAACCCUCCCUCGUCCAGAACGCUCUUCACCUGAACGAGUCCGUCCUGCGAGGCCGUCAAAUCAAGGUCUCGGAGAAGCGGACAAACCUGCCCGGCUACUCGGCACGAGGGCGCGGAAGAGGAGGACGAGGUGGUCGAGGCGGAUACCGCGGCGGCUACCAAGGCCAUGGCGGCUACUCGCCUUACCCUCGCGGACGCGGACGAGGAAGGGGUCGUGGAGGCUGGUAA